AUGCCGCUCUACUCUAAAUUUCUGAAGGAUAUGCUGACAAGGAAGAACAAAUACAUUCACAGUGAGAACAUAGUAGUGGAGGGUAACUGCAGUCCAGUCAUUGAGAAGAUCCUUCCACCAAAGCAUAAAGACCCUAGGAGUGUGACCAUUCUUUGUUCAAUUGGUGAAGUCUUGGUGGGAAAAGCUAUCAUUGACCUGGGAGCCAGUAUCAACUUGAUGCCACUCUCUAUGUGUAGAAGGUUGGGGGAGUUGGAAAUAAUGCCCACAAGAAUGACUUUACAGCUAGCAGAUCGCUCCAUCACCAGGCCAUAUGGGGUGAUUGAAGAUGUUCUAGUCCAAGUUAAGCACUUCAACUUCCUUGCAGAUUUCGUAGUCAUGGACAUCACUGAAUAUUCAGAGAUUCCCUUAAUUUUGGGAAGACCGUUUAUGUUGACUGCGAAAUGUGUAGUAGACAUGGGAAGCAAAAAGCUGGAAAUGGGAUUUGAAGAUCAAAAGAUCAACUUUGAUCUUUUUGAAGAAGAUAAACCAGCAACGAAUCCGAAUGGCUGCCUAUAG